AUGGCCAACAAAAGACAAAAUGAUAUGUAUCAAGAAAUUUUCAAAGAAUUCAUAGCAUUGAAGGAUAAGGAUUUAAAAAAAUCACAAGAAGUGUUCAAAAGUGUUUUUGACCAGGUGAAAAAGAAAUUAGAAGAACAAUGUAACUUCUUUGCUAAAUAUGCCACUCAGGUACUCUAUGCAGGAAGUGUGUAUGAUGGCAUUAAAGUAUCGAAAUUAGAUGAAUUUGAUAUGAACAUUGUGAUACGAUUGCCCAUUAACUAUGAUGAUAGUGAAGAUGGCAUCAUUCUAGAAAAUGACCUCCCUGGCUUCGUUAAGUUGAGGAUUGGUAGAGCAUUUGAUAAUCUUGAUAAACAAAAGGAAUGGGAAUCUUGUCAUAAAAUAACCAGAGAUUGGCGAGAUAACGACAAGUACUUACUACAAAACAAGUUCCGUUCUUGGUUACAUAGCCUUAUACAAACGGCGCUAAAUUCAAUGAAGCACGAAGUUACUGUAAAUGAUGUUAAAUAUAUCUUGAGUUAUAAGUCAAGUGGUCCAGCAUAUACACUGAAUAUAAAAAGCGUGCCCACAGAUGAACCAUUUAAUCUUGACGUCGAUCUUGUUCCAGUGAUAAGAUUCAUGUUGCCGAGAUGGCCAAAGGGCUACAAAAAUAUAAACAAUGAUAAAGCUAAGGAGUGGUUUGUGGUACCAAAACCUAAUAAAAACAUUGAAACCAGCAAUUUACAAAAUAAAUGUUGGCGCCUCUCAUUUCAAGAACAGGAGAAAUAUAUUAUGAGGGAUUUGAAGCAGUUAAAAAUUACUAUUAGACUGGUAAAGAAACUACGUGAUGCACGAGGUAUGAAACACAUCGCCAGCUAUUACAUAAAAACGUUGUUCCUGUGGAAAAUACAGAGAACCAAUCACAAAAAAUACUGGGAGAGCAACGUCAGUACAAUUUUCAAGGACAUGAUCGAAGAAUUUUACGACGCAGUUAACAAGAAAAACAUCCCAUACUUCUGGCAUGAAAAGAACAACCUCAUCGGCGGGGUGAAGGAGACCGUUUUAAGGGUGUACGCCGAUAAACUCAAGGAGGUACUUGAUAGUAUAAAUAAAAACGACGUUGAAAAACUUUCAAGUUAUUUAUUGACUAAAGAGGAGUUUGACAUCUUCAAGAAUUCCGAGUUCUUUAAAAAGUACCAGACCGCUGCCGUCCAUCGACAGAUGUCUAUGGAGAGCACAUCCAGCUACCAAUCAAGUCAAUCGAGGGAUGUUCCAGAUUCAUCGCAAUCAAGCAACACUGACGUCAUUAAAGAUCUUAUGGAUAAAAUAUCGGUGUUGACAAAAAGAGUAAAUUCCCAAGAAGAGAGAAUUAAAGCUCUGGAAAUGAAUAAGCAAAAAUUGUCUGUAAAUGCAGCUUACAAUGGCUUUAUACCAGAAAAGAAUAGUGAAGUCUCGGACUUACUAACAUUUUGA